UACGAAGGUCGAGAAACAAGCGUAAAAAUGAAAUUCUGAAAUAAACACGGAAGUUUUUUUUGUUAAAAUUUCUACUUAAAAAAAGUCUAUAAUUAAAAAAAUGGCGCGUUACGAGACACAGAUUUGUCGAAGUUCUCCUAAUUGUUAUACUAAUGAAAAUGUAUAUUUCAAUGAUUUGCGGUUAAACGAUGUUCCGAUUAUUGAGCAACAAUGGAGUACAUCAUAUUGUUCGGAUUCAAGCAACAAUCCUAGCUGUUAUAUAUCAAGAAAUUGCACUGGUGAAGUAAAUCCGCCUCCCAAUUCAUUAUAUCGGUCACCACGGUAUUGUUCCGGAUCAUCACCAAAAUUUGAUGAUUCGGGAAAAGAUUUUCAUGAGAUUUUACUAACACCCACUUCAACAAAAACAGUCGCUGUGCCUGCCGUGCGCAUAAUUAAGAAAAGAAAUACGGCUAACAAAAAGGAACGAAGAAGAACACAAAGUAUAAACAACGCUUUUACAUGUUUACGAGAAAAAAUUCCCAACGUUCCAUCAGAUACCAAAUUAUCCAAGAUCAAAACAUUGAAAUUGGCUAUUUUGUACAUUAAAUAUCUUGUCGAAGUGCUAGAUGGUGAUCAGGAUCCGAAAACUGGUUUCAGCGCCGAUUUAAGGCCACUACAAAGAAAAAAUACCAGUGACAAGAAAUCAUAUUUGAAGCAUGACUUGAAGGUAAGAUACACACAAUUUUUAUAUACCCGUGAAAAACUUGUUGAUGCUAUU